UUCACAAUUUGUAUGUGGGCCAGCGAGGCCUGGGAGCAGGUGGGGGUUGGUUCGGGAAAUAAAUGUAUCUGUUGGGCCUGUCCAACCAUAGCGACGACCAUUAAGCCGUCUGUGGUCGUGCAUGGGCACUAGAACCGGGCCAGGUGACCGCCGCUUCUCGCCAUGGACGGCAUGGAGUUCUUCUUCGAGGAUUCUGGAGCUGGGCUCGUGCCGCGCUUGGACGGCGGUGACUUCCUACGAGAUUUAGUUGCCGGCGUGGACCUGCCUGGUGGCGGCACCAGUGGGAGUGCUGACGCUGACAAGGUCUUGACUUCUUCUCUGCCGAUGGGGCUAGUUGGAGGACUGAAGGAUUACGAAGGGCGCGAGGAUACAGGUGAAACAAUGCUCACUGGGAGGGGGCGCGGCUCGUCUGAUCUUGGCGGCGAAGGUGUGGGCGACUCCUGCGAGAUAGGCGAUACAGAAGUUGCAUCUGGCGCCAAGGAUAACGAUACAGUCGAAGAGGGCGUCGCAGUGUCAAACGCAAAUCAGUCUUGUUGGACCAAGAGGGUUAGAGUUGGGAAAGCGGCUGAUGUGAGGGAGCCCAGCUCUUCGAGGAUGACUGCCCUUGAAGCUUCUGUCCGUGCAUUUGUCGAUAAAAAAAUCUAGAAAUGUUGUCAAUCCGUCUAUUGGGACUAGCUUUGAUUCUGUCGAAGAGGGCUACGAGUUUUACAAUCUGUAUUCAUGGGAGGUCGGUUUUGGUGUCCGCUAUGCAAAAAGCCGUUUGAAUGUACACCGGAAAAAGUGCAUGCAAGAGAUAGUGUGUGCCUGUGCGGGUAAGCCAUUGCAGGCCAACAGUCGGUCAACGAGGUGUGGCUGCAAUGUCAUGAUAAGACUGCUGAGGUCGGAUGAUGGUGGAUGGUAUGUAUGUGAGCACAGGUCAGAGCACAACCAUGCUUUAUCUGUCAUUUGUGGAGAGAAAUUGCACUGGAAGUCGCACCGACACAUAGAUACCUAUACGAGGGACCUGGUUAAGCAGUUGAGAGAGAAUAAUAUCAGCAUUAGCAAGGUGUAUAGUGUUGUAGGGAGUUUUUUUUGGCAUGAUUAGGGACGUGCCAUUCACGAAACGGUCCUUAAAACACUAUGUGGAAAACUGAACCGGGAACAGUCGCUAAAUGAUGCAACAAAAACCAUAGAUGUGUUCAACGACAUGCGGGCAGAGGACCUAGAAUUUAAAUACAGUGUCCAGGUGGACACCGAGGGCAGAAUUAAGACACUGAUGUGGGCGACUGGUAGAGGCAUUGAGCAGUUCAAGUGUUUCGGUGAUGUUGUGACGUUUGAUACGACCUAUAAGACAAACCUGUACGACAUGCCAUUUGACCUAUUUGUUAGUGUUAACAAUCAUUUCCAGAGUGUCAUUUUUGGAGGUGUACUGAUGAGUGAUGAGAAGGUGGAGACUUUCAAGUGGAUAUUCACAGAGUUCUUCCAAAUGCUAGCAGCGCCACAGCCUAAAACUAUCUUAACAUGUAACACACCCUGCGUAAAAACAGAAAAAGAAUUGCGCAUUGAUUUACAUCAAUAUGCUGUGAUCCGUCUUAUAGGUAUAAAAGUUUAAUGCUCUUGCUUGAUUUUCUAUAUUGUUGAUACAUACCAAGCUCGUUCGAUGGAAAUUGCAAUAGCUGACAUGAUACCGCGGACUGUACAUCGUUGGUGCAAAUGGCACGUACUGAAGAAAGCAAAGGAGAGCCUUGGAGCACUGCUUGCAAAAGGGAGUGAAUUCAAGCCAGAGUUCAGCAAACUAGUCCACCACGCAGUUAGUAUUGAUGAGUUCGAGAAUGGGUGGGCUUGCAUGUUGGAGAAAUAUGGGCUGCAAAAAAAUGCAUUCCUGACCCAGCUGUAUGAGGUGAGGGGGAAGUGGGCAAAGCCAUACUUUAUGGAUGUAUUCUGUGCGAAAAUGACAAGCACACAACGAAGCGAGAGUGCAAACCACCUUCUGAAAGGAUAUGUGCCACCGGGGUGCCCCGUGCACUUGUUCAUCAGGCAAUAUGAGAAGAUGCAAUUUGACCGCGAUUCCGAAGAAAGUUACCAAGAGAAAAGGACAAAACUGGGUGGGGUUGUCCUGAAGCAAAAUAUCCCAAUUGAGGUACAUGCGUCGGAGGUGUACACCAGGACAAUGUUUGAGAAAUUUGGUGAAGUAUUGUAUGGAUGUGGAUCUUAUGACCUAAUAGAAGUCAAGCCACGCUUGGAGUAUAUUGCUAGGCACAUCAAAUUUCAGUCAAGGGAAAAAUGGUGCAAGAACGAGUUUGUGAUCACUGUGAGCGAGGCAGCCGACGAGUUCAAGUGUGAGUGUGGGACGUUUGAGCACUAUGGAAUGGUGUGCAGCCAUGCACUUAAGGUGAUGAUACACCUAAAACUGCGGGAGCUCCCUGCGAAGCAUGUGGUGAAGAUAUGGACAAAAGACGCGAGAGAUAUACUGCCGCCAGAGUAUUUGCGCUACCAAAAGGAUCAUGGGCCGCUCAAGUAUUCCUCUCGUCGACACAACACUUUAUACCUCUUGGCGCUGGAUGUUGUUAAGUUAGGUGACAUCAAUGUGGAAGCAUAUGCUCUUGCCGAGGAAAAACUGCGACAUGUCAAAGUGCAGCUGGAGCCAGUUGCUGUUGUGAGGGAUGGACUUGGGUUGUCUGAUAAGGAGCUGGCCGUAGAUUCAGCGGGUUCCGGCGUUGGUAACAAGCAGCACUUUGGUCGACCUGAGUCUGAGCACACCAUUUCACAGGGAUUGGAUGUGUUCCCAGCUGCAUCAAAGAAGCGGCCGGCUGGGCGCCCUACAAGCAGCCGUGACAAGCCUCCAUAUGAACAACCAUCAAAGAGGACUAGGUUUUGUUCAAUAUGCAGACUUCAGGGGCACAAGAGCACGACAUGCCCUGCAAGGGGUGAUGUGCCAAAGGCGCCCCGGAAAUCUCCUCGCUGCUCAAAAUGUGGUUUGACCGGGCAUAGGAAGAACACAUGCAGCAACCCCCCGAAAGUAUGAAAAUUCAGAAAUUUUAGUGUUUUUUUGGUUGUUAUCCUGAUGGUAUGCAUUUGUCUAUGUGACCCCUCUGCUGUUAGAAGCCAUACCUAGUUUGAACAUCUAGAAAAGCGAGGGUCGUGCACUGUGUCUGGCACUAUCUGUUUGCUUAUGAUGUCGACUCAUCUCAGGCUGUUGACACAUUUGUUUAAUUUCCUGUCUUAAGUCAAUUAUAAAAAGAUUGUGUGCUAUGGGCA